GCUUCCCGAAACAUUGGGGUUGGGGGGCACGGGGACGUCGUCACGCGGCGGCUUUGCUGCCCCCGGAACGCGCCGCAAUCGCCUCGCCGGAGCUUCGCUGGGACCGGCCGGAGUGGGACGGCGCACGCUAGCUCUUGCUAAUUGCGUCGCGUACCAAUUGCCCACCCGCGUCGCCUUGAUCAGCUCGCGGGUUUCUCCCUUCCGGGUCGCCGACGACGGGAGGCGGAGGAUCAAGAGGGAGGAAAUGGAGCAGGCGCCGGCGAAAACUUCCAGUGCGAGCAGGAAGAAGCGAACUAAGGUGAAGGCUUUCCGGACUCCGGCGGCUCAUGCAGGGAAGGGGAGCCUGGAGAAGGUGCACCACAAGUACCGGGGUGUCCGGCAGCGCCGGUGGGGCACGUGGGUUGCCGAGAUCCGCGACCCCAACGCCAGCAAGCGACAGUGGCUGGGUACCUUCGCCACCGCCGUCGAUGCUGCCAUGGCGUAUGACAGGGCCGCCGUGGCGAUCCAUGGUCCCAGCGCGCGCCUCAACCUCCCAUCUGCCUCCCCCACCGCCGCGGCAGACGGCUCCGUCUUCGGCGAGCAUGCUGUGAAGCCGGUGGCCGCCGCCGCCUCUGUCUUCGGCGAGCACGGGAUGAAGCCGGUGGGUGCCCCCGCCUCUCUCUUCGGUGAGCACGGUGUGAAACCGAUGGUCGCCGGCACCGCCACCUCUGUCUUCGAUGAGUAUGAAGUGAAGCCAAUGGUGACUGCCUCCGUCUUCGAUGAACAUGAAGUCAAGCCGAUGUCGGCGCAUGGUGGCAGUGGUGACAUGGGAAUCACUUGGCAUUGUGGUGCUUCCUGGGCUGCGCAAGAGGAAGUGUUUGCUGACUACCUGGAUUAUCCUGACAUUGCCUGGUACUUCAACAUGGAUCCUAGCACCGAGAUGUUGGCAUACUACCCCGACAGGAAGAGUGAGGAUUACCAGAUCGACGGGUUUGACGACGACGUCCUCGACUCGCCGUUGUGGGCGCUGGGUGACUGAAAUUGCAGCAGAAAGAGAACAGUUCGCUUGAUGAGAUGGGAAUUUUGACUUGGGUCACUCCGUUUUGCUCGUAGCCGUUUGGUUCGUUUUAGUUGGACAUAUUACAUGCUCCCUCAGCUUCUUUUCAUACGAUGUUCUAGUGUCGUCUUAAAGUUUAAUCAAACUUCUAGAAAAACCUACCAACUUGUACAACUCUAAGUUAAUUCUACUCGUAUUAAUUCUGCAGAUAUUAGUAUAUUGCUUUCAUAAAAUUAAUUUAAUGCUGAGAA